AUGGAAAAACAGCAAUGGAGGAGGGAAUGGCGCUCAGCCCUUAUCGUGAAAGUGUUAGGACGAACUUUUCCUUUCCCUGUCAUCUCUCGCAGGCUGGAAGUUCUGUGGGCUAAGUGUGGCUCCAUCCAGGUGUCGAGCUUAUCUUUUGGUUUCUAUGCAGUACGCUUUACCAGCCAGGUUGACUACGAACUAGCUGCGGCGGGUGGGCCAUGGAUGCUCGGUGAUUUCUAUAUCACGGUCCGACCCUGGCGAAAAAAUUUUAACCCGAAGCUAGCGGAAGUCGCCUCCACCAUGGUGUGGGCACGUUUUCCGGGCCUCCCACGUGAAUUUAUCAACAAGCAUGCAGUUGAGCGCAUAGCAGAGAAGAUUGGCAGACCUGUUCGUGUGGAUAGGGCAACUGAAUCAGGUGAUCGAGGGAAGUACGCCCGUGUCAGUAUUGAAGUCGAUCUCACGAAACCUCUUUUAUCGAAGUUUAAAAUUGAAGGGAUAACUUAUUACGUAGAGUAUGAAGGGCUUCACCGGAUCUGCACGGAAUGUGGCAAGUAUGGACACAUGAAAGUUACGUGCCCAAACUUGUUCAGAGAAUCAGCUCAAGGACCGCCAGCUGCUGAGACAGAAAGUGAAGCGCCCAUGGGUGACUAUGGGGAAUGGAUGAUGGUCAAGCCUCGAGGAAAGGGAGUGAGCAGGAACACUCAAGAUCUACGUCAAAACUUUGAAGGACAAAAAAAGGCCCCACAGGUGCAUAAGGAAAUGGGAUCGAGAUUCGCAGUUCUUGAUGAAGAGGAGCACAACGACAAGCAUGUUACGAUUGAUGCACAGCAAGAUGAACCAAACCGGGUAGUCGAUACCACAGCGCCAGAAGACACCACGCCAACUCAUCGAGAGGAAGCUAGCUCAUCCCUCCAUGGUCUGGCAGACUCAAAUAGCACAGCCCUCACGGGGAAGCACACGAAUCUGCGGGAGGAGAUUGGAAAGAGUGGUAUCCAUGGUGCUAAUGAAGCACUCCCUAAGAGGACCGAGUUGAGGCCAGCUCAAACGUUGGUGGUAGAAAAUAAUGGCAAGCAAGAGGAACCUCCUCGCAUGGUCACCCAGGUUUCCCCUUCGGAUGUGGGCAAAAUGAAGAAUCAAGUCCAGGCAAAAAAGAAUACAGCACACACAGUAGUGAAGAAACAAGUCGGAUCCCAAGCGAAGGGUCCCAGUACGAAGCAGGGCGCGGGGAGCCUAUCCCCUCCAGUUCAUAAAUGA